CAUUUUAUGCGAUGUUUCUCCUCCUGCUGUACCACGGAUUCAGCUGUAUGGCAUCUUCAUGUCACGACUGUCCAAGUGUAUUUUUGAGUGGAGUUCGGAGGACCUCCAGCGCCUUAGAGAUGCAAAGCGUUCCGAACUCCUUGCCAAGAAUGUGCCUGUGAGAGACGACUCGGAUGUCUUGCGGUAUCUUUCAAAGAGGGAACUCGCUUUACAUUGUCGUCGCCAGACACGUGGUGUAGAAGAGACCACGAGGCUCAUAAGCGAACUCAUAGAGGCUUUUACUGGAGACCAGGGUCUUGAUACCAUGGGGUUUCCUCUCCUCCAUAAAGAGAAGAUUUUCAACGAGUGGGAAUCCCAGAAAAGGCAUGUUGUUUGUAUUCAAGAUCCGAGUCACUAUAGCCUUUAUACAGAGACAGGGACGUUGAAGAAAGGCUCAGAAAUUCUUCCUACGUUGCGAUGUGCUCGAGGAUCAACUUCUUUGGAGUCAUUUCACUUACACCUUGCCAGGUUUAUCCCAGGUUCAACUGCGUCAGACGUCUUGUUUCAAGCAUACCUUCUUGACGGUAUUGUGAGAUGGAAUGAAGACCGUGCUAGACAGACUGUCAAAGAGUACAUGCCAGGACCUUCAAGCUACAGUGGAAUUCUUAGGCAUGCUGCCAAUGACAUAAGCCACAAAGUCCUACAUAAGAAAAUCAUACCAGAAUAUCAACCACCUAGGAAAUAUACAGGUGAGUUGAUUGGUGUGGAGUACUUGUAUGAUCAGACUGGCAGGGCCUUGCAGGAGUUCUCCUUGGAUCCAGAUUCUUCAGACAGUGACCAGGUAGAGACCCAGCUUGAUGCCAUUGAUGACCAGAUUGAUAAGGGUUUUGAGAAGGUAGAGGUGGAGGACAUGACAGUGCCGCUUGUUGAUGUUGAGCACUUGUCCGACAGCAAUCGACCACAGACUAGAGCUCCCCGUGAGUCAAAGAUUUAUGGACCUAGCCCAUCUACCUCAGCUUCUACUUCAUCUUCAAUAACUGACGAUUCAUCGAAGGGAACCAAUUCAAGUUUAGACCCUAAUGAUGUAAGUUUUAUUUCUUUUAUAUGAUACAAUGUUUUGCAUAAUUGAAAUGAGGAAUAUCUUCACCAUGUUACAUUUAAGAGCGAGGUCUUAUUUAUCUCAUUAUGUUAUUUUACAGGAAACACUUGAUCAAGACAACAUUCCCAUCUAUGACAUAGUAGAGACUUUGGCAGAGUACCUUUCCAGCAUAAGGGAGCAGGUGCAGUCCCUGACUGACAAACAGGCCAAGCAUGUGGUACAUCUGUGGAAUGAUCUCUACGAAUUUGACAAACAAGGGUCGAGGUUAUCUCCCCGCUUUCAAUCAUCAUUACAGAAGGGAAGAUUUCACACGACGCGCAAAACAGCAGUCA